GCCUCAACGAGGGACCCGAAGAAGCAACAGAUCUGCUCAGUUUUAUAUUUAACUCAGAUCUCUCAUUCCGGUCGAACUCAAGAACUCAAGAUGUAUCCUACCCUGCUUGCGUUUGCUAGCCUCGUGGCCGCCAUCGCCAGUGUUGGCUCUGAGACCUCGUCAAGCGGUAAACCUGUGGACGCAUGGACGACUGUGACUCUGCCUAACAUUUUUUACCUCAAGUACCGCUCCUACGAAAAUGCUGAUGGCCUCGGAGGCACCGGGGAGUGUGUCUCCAUACGAUUGGUGAACGCAGACCAAGAAACCAAGACCGCGACGAGCACAAUCCAAUACUGGGACGCUAAGAAGUCAUUGAUAAAAAAGACCGUGCAUGUCACGCUGGCUCCUUCAGACGGCAGCACAGGCGGCGACACCAUCCAAAUGGUUGAUACGGAAGGAGUUGACAAAUCGACCACUAAAGUUCAGUUCGUUUAUUCGGAUUACGGAACCUGUGACGUGGUUAUCGUUCCGGGAACAGAGGAAAAAGAAUGUGAACUCUGGGUCAGUGCAGAUGCAGUAGGCUCUGGAGACGAUGCAAGCGUCAAGAAGAAGAUCGCUGAAUGCACAGGAGAAUACGAUAAGCUAUGCAAAAACCCACAAAAACACGAAAUCUACGAUGAUACAUGCAGUUCACGUUCAAAGAGUUCCAAAUAGACUGAAAUUUGACGAAUCAAGAGACACAACAUUGCACACUAUGGCAAUCAGUUGAGAGUACGCUAGACUACGUCCGCAUAAUUUCGAUGAGUUUCUAGUAUUUCCAGGGUGGUGGUAUGCUCAAAUAAAAAUAUUUUAGCAGCU